AUGGAGAGUCGUAUCCCAAAACCUCAUCUCAGCUCUGCUACGGCGCCAUAUGCCUCCAGACCGCCCAGUCCUCCCUACAUAAAUGUUCCGAUUGUCCCUCUUUCUGGGCAUUAUUCCAUGUCAAUCGUUCCGUCUUUCGCCGAUAUCGACCCGGGCCAGCUCGCCGAAGAAGACUUGAGCAUAAUAACCCAGGGCAGAACCCAAAGAGCGAACGAUAGGACGAUCGCAUGGCGCUAUGAAAUGAGACGAGACGCUCAGUCGGUCCUGGACUUCCUCUAUCUUGGCCCCGUCAGUGCGGCCAAAGACCAGGCAUACCUGCUAAGAGAAGGCAUCACCAUGAUUCUGGUCGUGAGAGACUCGAUGCUCGCCGGGAGCUUCCUGUCGGUUGUGAAAAACGCCCACGCCCUGGGAAUUGAGGCAGAGAUGCUUGAUAUUGCCGGCAAACUUGAUGUCAUUCCCGCUUUCCCCCGAGCCAUCAACAAAAUCAACAACCACCUACUUGGCAUCUACAGGAACCAGGCAAUCCAGACAGCAGAUGCACAGGCUUUGGGUAACGACAAAAUCAUCAUCGACAACACGAAUUUCAAGCGUGGCAAAGUCUUGCUCUGCUGCGAGACAGGCAACAACCGAUCAGCCAUGAUUGCCGCUGCCUAUCUCAUGUCUGUGUUUGGGCUGGACAUGGUCAAGGCAGCCCAGUUCCUUUCUCUCCAGCGCUUCUGCGUCACCUUUGACGACGAUAACAAGCACAUUCUCAGGGCGUACGAGGAUAUCAUCGGUGCAAGGCGGAUUGUGAACCAGGAGAAAUAUGCCCGGCUCGGGCAGACAUUGGCCUUCGGCGACACCGGUAGAGCGCAGAUCAAGCGGCCAAUCGAAGCGACCGAGGAAGGAGAGUCCGGCACCGGGCCCAACGCGAUGGAUUUCGAGAUGGACGAGGAGCGGUACACGGGCCGAGGAUUUGCGCCCUUUGUUGAGCAAGAGCAAUCGAUGAGGUUUUGA